AUGGCUACAGAACCCAAGCCCUUGAGAAUUGUGGUUGGUGGUGACGAUGCGGGCUUCGACUACAAAACCACUUUAACCAACGACCUCAAAUCCUCCCCUCACGUCCUCUCAGUCCACGACGUCGGGCCCCUCAGCGCCUCCGACAAAACCGCAUACCCACACUUUGCCGUUUCCGCAGCAAAGCUCAUCAGCGAAGGCAAAGCGGACCGAGCCCUCCUCAUCUGCGGGACCGGGCUCGGCGUCGCCAUCGCUGCGAACAAGGUCACAGGCGUGAGGGCCGUGACGGCGCAUGAUAGUUUCAGCGUGGAGAGGGCGGUGCUGAGUAAUGAUGCGCAGGUGCUGUGUUUGGGACAGAGGGUUAUUGGGUUGGAGUUGGCGAGGAGGUUGGUGAGGGAGUGGUUGGAGUAUAGGUUUGAUGAGAGUAGUGCGAGUGCGGAGAAGGUGAAGGCGAUUAAUGAGUAUGAUGUGCUGCAUUGA